AUGGAGCCCUUUAAACCAGAACUUGAGCUUCAGCGGUUUUACCACCAGUUGCUGCGUCCACUGUCGCUCUUCCCCAGCACGGUGACGCGCCCAGACUCUCAGAAGCGCCUCCCGCAGGAGGUCUCGAUGCUACCGUCCCUACCCGUCUCGCGGCUGACCGUGGCGUCACUGUGCCGCCGGGUAGCCAAGUGGCUGGCCAGCUGCGAGCUGGCAGAGCGGAUGCCUCCUGAGGGCCGACUCCGUUUCACAGAGGUCAUUCUGGAGGAGCUAAAGUGCAGCUGGCAGGAGCCUCCCAUUGAACCUAAUCUGAGCCACUUCAACAACCAGAGGCUGCGGAAGCGGCUGCUGGUUUACGUACUGCUCAGCUGCGAGCAGCUCUUCUUACGCUACCUGCACCUGCUGAAGACCAUGCCGACCUCCUCAUACGUCUUAACUGAAUCCGCCACGCUCACACGGUUGGCCGCCUGCCUCGCCAGGGACUGCACAGUCUUCCUCACCAGCCCCGAGGUCUACCGUGGCCUGCUCGCCGACUUCUACGCGCUGCUGAAAGUAGAGCAGGCCCAGGGCAGCAUGUACAAGCUUCACCCCUUUGGAGCCCCUGGGGCUUUCAAGGCACCGCCUCACAGCGCCCGCCUCGCCCAAAUGCCAUCCUGCAACCUCAACCUGAACUAUCUCAUCCAACUCAGCCGCUCACCAGAGUUUCCCAGUGAGCCUAGUUCCGACCCAGUGAAGGAACUGAGGUCCAUCCCCCAGCUGAAGAAGAGAAAGACUCUCCGCUGGCUGCCCACCACGCAAAAGAGAGAAAGCUUCACUUCUUCACAGACUGUGUCACCACCCAGGCACUCGGUGGCUCUUACCAGCGGGUCUCCCCCCACCUCCCAUUUGCCUCUCUACUCCCAGCUCCAGAAGUGCCAGUCCAUGCCCUCUCUGCGUGAAGGCUGGAAAUUAGCAGAUGAAUUGGGCCUUCCUCUACUCCACCCUCGUCCGUUAACCCCACUGGUCCUGUUUGCAGAGAGCAAGCCAGAGUUGGUAGAGGACAUGGUGGCUGAGGACCUGAAGCAGAUAAUGAAGAACAUGAAACUGGAGUGGACUCGAUACUCACCCAUGGACUCGGGCGUGUCCCCGCUUCUUGGGGCCCUUACCCACCACCCAGCGACAGCACAUCGCAUAGAAGUGCUGCAGAGGAUGUUGAAUGAGGAAGAAGAAGUCUCUGGGCAUUGGGGUCCCCAGUCCCUCAAAUCUCCUUCACUUUAUCUACAGCCAGUGACCGUUACUUUGAAGCUAAAAAAUCAAGUUGUGGUCCAGGCAGCUGGUGUACGAGUUUCUGAGAGAAAGUUUUUUGAUUCCUUCCACGUUGAGGGGACCAGAGCCCUAUACAACCACCUGGCUGGUGAACUGGAACCCAAACUUAUUGAGGAAAUGGAUAUUGAUUGCUUUGUUGGUAAUAGCAUCAGAGAGGUCUACAAGGAGUUGAUGAGCCGUGUUUCUACUGACCACUUUUCUUUUGACCAGGGACCACCCCUGAUUGAGCCUGCAGCCAGUAAAGAUUUGUCAGUGUUCCUGUUCUCAGCAUUUCUGCGUCAAGAAAAGCAGAAUCAUGUUAUCAACCCCAAGCUGGCAGGUCUUUAUUCCCAGAGAGCAAGCGCUUUUCAGUCCAACUCUGAUAGAAUUCCCUCCCUCUCAUCAUUCCAAGCAAGCAAAUCCUGGAAGGGGUGGUCAAAUAAGACCUCUGGGAUGAAAUGUUGGAAAGCCACCUUGUCUGUGCAUGAUUAUUUCAAGUACCUCACCAACCAGGAGACAGAUUUUCUGCAUGUUAUCUUCCAAAUGUAUGAAGAGGAGGUUCCUGUGGAGAUUGUGGCCCCUGUCAGAGAGUCCCUAAAGAUUCAGCACCCACCUCCAUUGCUAGAAGAUGAAGAGCCAGACUUUGUGCCAGGAGAGUGGGAUUGGAACACAGUCCUGGGGCACAAUAUAGAAACUAAGACGACUAGCGUCCUGGGAGAACCCCACAAAAUCCUGAGCCUGCAGAAUCGUCUAGAACAGUUGUGGUCCAUGCUUGAGGUUCCCAACAAGGACCGGCUGGACAUGGCCAUCAAGUACAGCUCCAAUGCACGUCUGAGGCAGCUGCCUUCAUUGGUGAGUGCCUGGGAGCGGACCCUGGAGCCCAUUCAGCUGCGGGAGAUAUUGCUGGGGAAACUGGAGUGGUUUGAGCGACAGGCCUCUGACCCCAACCGUUUCUUCCAAAAGACUGGCAUGGAUCUGAGUCAUUUACUGGAGGAGAAUCAGAUCCGAAACCAUCUACAUAGGAAGCUCGAGCUAAUGGAGGCUCCUUUGGUUUCGCUACUGGAGGAGGUUGAGUUCAUCUUUGGUGAGCCAGUGACAUUCAAAGGGCGGCGAUACCUAGACAAGAUGAAGCAUGACAAGGUGGAGAUGCUCUAUUGGCUGCAGCAGCAGCGGCGGGUACACCACCUGGUCCAGGCCCAGAAGGCUUCCCACCCAUCAGUCAUGUUCAGGAGUCUCAGCGGGCACUCUUUAAUAGCCCCUGAAAAUACUCCUAGGCCAAGUGCCCUCUAA